AGCACGGGGAUGCGCAUGCGGCACUCCACACGGGGGGGUGGGAGAAAUAGAGAGAAAAAGAAAAAAAGAGAGAUGGAGAUGUGCCUGUUUUCUGGUGGUUGACACACUCUUUUUGGACCUACCACUUUAUUAUAAAUGCGCGUCAGUCCAGAUUUUUUGACGUGAAGCCCAAAUUAUAGGGUGGGAAUAAAACACGGGACACCUUUUAGAGGACUAAAUAUGCAGGCGCGCGCGGAGGGAAAUCGCACCUCUGUCGCUUUAACUGCACCGGACCGGAGCGACCCAUAUGAUUUCCGAGCUCCAAUCACCAGUUUCCCUUCAUUCCACACGCGAACAUGGCGAAGAAAAAGGGCAGGAGCGUGAACGGAAAGGACGCCGCGCCGAAGAAGUGAAGUCUGAACUCGGUUCUUUCAUGGAGAGAGACAGCGCGCGCCCCGGGGAGGAGACUCGGAGCUGGAUUGCACCAAAGCGCACAGGAUUAACAUGCUGAUAUUGGAGAAGACCGCUGAGCACCCUUCAGGGGAGUACUCCGUGGUGGAGGAUAUGGCCCUGCACUGCACUUUCCUGAUGGAGCGUCUGAACGAGCAGCGCUUGCUUCAGCCAGACCUGUGCGACGUGGACAUUGUGCUUCAGCGCCACAAGGCCACCUUCCAGGCACACAAGGGUGUGUUGGCGGCCUACAGCCCGUUUUUCCACUCGCUCUUCGCCUCUAGUAAAGAGCUACAGCGUGUGGAGCUGUCUCUGGAGGCACUCCGACCACAGGGAUUUGUGCAGAUUCUUGACUUCAUCUACACCUCUAGGCUGCUUGUGAACAAUGGAAAUGUGCGCGAUGUGCUACGUGCCGCCACCGUGCUCCAGAUGGCCAAUGUUGCGUCGUCAUGCCGCGAGCUGCUGUCACGUGGCUCGCUGCGAGACGAGCAGCCCGAGCGGGAUAUCCAGACCUGGAGCAACAGCAAUGGAAACGGAGCAGGCGGUGACUCGAAUUUAUCAGUGGAGAUCAAACAGGAACAGGAUGUGACCAGCGCCAAGAUCUUUGGCACAAAGAGCGAAAGAAGCCCAUGUGUUGCACACAUUGGAGAACGACAGCACUUGGGGACAGGCAAGGAGGAAUGUAAUAUGGAGGUAUUGGAAGAUUCCUUCAACAGGAAGCAGAUCAUUGUCGAGCUUAAUCUCAACAACCAGACUCUAAAUCUAUCCAAAGGACUGGAAGGAAGCUGUUCCUCUAAGGCACCCUUUGGCUUCGAGGCCGAGAAGGACACCGGCGACUCGGAGGAGGACCGAGAACAAAGCGAGGAUGAGGUACCUGGAGGGACGAGCGAGGACGAGGCAGGAGACGCGGCACGUCUGGAUUUCAGCGCUCCCAAAUUCCUGCCUCGAAUAUCUCGCAGGCAAACCGGAUCCUCGGUAGAUGCCAUGGUUACUAUGAGGACAAGUAUGCGUGUAAGGCAUGGAGGACGUGGGGGUGUGCGGCGUGAGGAGGAGGAGGAAGAGGAAGUGCUUGAACAGAGACUGGAGGAGAGGCGGAGCUUCCCGUGCGUGAGGUGCCCACAGGUCUUUACCAACAGCUGGGACAUGGAGAUGCACACCAACGUCGAACACAACUACAUGCAGGGAUGUGACAAGUGUGGCACUCGCUUUCUUCUGGAUAGUGAGCUGCUCCUGCAUCAGCAGACAGACUGUGAGAAAAAUUUACAGUGUCCUACCUGUGGCAAAGACUUCAAGAAGCUUUGGUCACUGCACGAGCACAAUAAAAUUGUCCACGGUUACGCCGAGAAAAAGUUCACUUGUGAGAUAUGCGGGAAGAAAUUCUUUACAAUGGCUCACGUUCGCAAGCACAUGGUUGCUCACACGAAGGAAAUGCCGUUCACCUGCGAGACGUGUGGCAAGUCUUUCAAACGCAGCAUGUCUCUCAAAGUCCACUUCCUUCAGCAUUCAGGAGAGAAACCCUUCACGUGUGAGAAUUGCAACGAACGAUUUCAGUACAAGUAUCAACUCCGGUCGCAUAUGAGCAUCCACAUCGGCCACAAGCAGUUCAUGUGUCAGUGGUGCGGCAAAGACUUCAACAUGAAGCAGUACUUCGACGAACACAUGAAAACUCACACAGGUGAGAAGCCGUACAUAUGCGAGAUCUGCGGGAAAAGCUUCACCAGUCGUCCCAACAUGAAGCGACAUCGGCGCACGCACACCGGCGAGAAGCCAUACCCGUGCGAGACGUGCGGCCAGCGAUUCCGCUUCUCCAACAUGCUGAAAGCUCAUCGUGAAAAGUGCUUUCAGACCAGAAACCCUCCCACAGAAGCUGCAUCCACAGAGCUUGAACCCGUCUCCAACAACCCAUCAUAUGUGACUGAUCAAAGUUCCUCGAACCCAAAGGACUUUGGACCAUGUUCUGCAUUCCUGAUCGCACAGACCCACGCGAGAGACGCGUAACUACUGAACUCUUUCCUUACCGAGCUAGAGGUACUUAGCUUCGGUGUACAAACCAAGUAUCUAACGCUCCUCAGAAUAAAAAAAUGUUGCCUUGAGAGAGGUAAAAACAUAGUGUGCCAUAUUUGGUAUUACAGUAUACAGCCUUCAAAUGUAGCUGCCAUUAAAUAUAUAAAAAUCUAUGUAUGUAUAUGUAAGUAUAGUUAUAUUUGCAAUAUCUAUUAAAUAUACUGAAGAAUUAUAGCUACGGUUACAGUCAUUACUCCUCAUAUGAUAGCAUUAUCCAUGUCUUAGCAUUCUAUGGGAAUUUAGGAGGACUAAAAUGCAGUAUGAAAGCAUGUGAAGAUUUGGGCCUGAAGUAAAUAGAUGAAGAAAAUAGAAAAAUUGAUUGUUGAGGCAAAUUUCCUUUUUUUUUUAUUGUUUAUGCAUCAAUGAGGUCAGAAUAUUGCUAUUUAUCCUCUCAAAUCUUCCAUGAAUUCUCUCUAUGCUAUCGGUUCUAUCGCUUUUCUGUUCUUUAUAGUCUUUAAAGGUCACAGUAAGGGUUAAUGUGUAUUGAAACAUACUGCACCUUAUAAUAAGAACCGGAAGCGUUUAAUUCUUGUUGGGGUGGGACGUCUGAUCCGAAUCAUUGUGAAGGUGAUUUUAAUUCUUGUUGGGGUGGGACGUCUGUCCAGGACGAUCCGAACUUUUAUUGUGAUGGUGAUUCUCCACCUUGCUCAAAUAUAUCAUUAUCUUUACUUAGAUUUUUUUUUUUUUUUUAAAGAUGGAUGUAGCAACACUGUGCUAAUGGUACAUGGCGAUGAGUGUAGUGCAGAUGCAGCUCAGCAUGUACCAAUACACAGAUAUGUGUGACUGUUAUCAGUUAGACGCAUUUUUAUUAUUUCUAGUGCACUGAAUCAGGAAGACGUUGUCUCGUAGCAAAAGACUGUAUAGAAACUUAAAUGAAAGAUGUUACUGAGAUUCAAUACUUUGGUUGUACACAAAAUUGAAUUUAUUGCUUUUUGUUACACUCUGCCCGAUUCCUUCAAACUCCUUCAAAACCUGAAAUUCCAAGUACAUAUCCUAGCACAUCCAAAACAUCCUAGCAAAUAAAAAUAAUCUGUACUUCAAAUGAACAACAAGCGAAUGCAGGUGAAAACGCACAUUAUUAUAUACAGUAACGAACAUUGUGUAUUCUUAUGUACCCCCACCCCCCAAAAAAAGUGUAUUUUUCUUUCUUUUUGUAUGUGUAUGAAAACAUUUGGGGAAGUAGAGGGGAGUAAAUGUUAGAGAAAUGUAGUUCCUGGACCAACGUACCAGCUACAGUAAUUUCCUCUAAAACCCCACCCUACUAUUGACCUUUUAAAUCCAAAAAGCAAAUAGGGAUUUAUUUCCUGUAUUUUUGUUGUAACGUUGCUGAAUCUCUUUGCAAGCACUUUCUUUCAAACCUUUGCACAAGACAUUUGUAUAUUUUAAAUGUGUUGUCGUGAUCAUUCUGUGAGAUUGGAAACUGUGAUGAAAUGCUGAUAUUAUAAUCCAGCACCUUAUUUUGACCAAGUAAGCCGUUCUGCUUUACCCAUUUUCCAAUUUAAUUUGACUUUAAAUGACCUAUAGGGUAAAAGUGUAUUCACCAGAUUACCUCUGUACCUCUACUAUGCCAAUUUAAUACUGUAAUCUAUUUGUAUGGUGUUAAAUAUGUUUGUCCUCCAUGUGUCAGAUGAGUGUUUUUCUUUCAGGCCAAUAGAAGUUCUUGUCUUAGUUUUGAAGAGUUUAAUGUGGUCAUUGUGAUUUUGGAAAGUUAAAAGCUGAGCUCAUAUUACUGCAGUAGUUUUCUUUAAUAUAUAUAUAUAUAUAUAUAUAUAUAUAUAUAUAUAUAUAUAUAUUUUUUAACUGUAUUCUAAAAAAGGUGUUAUGUUUUCUGGACUAUGGAGACCCAUUAAAGGUUAUACGCUCA